UGCGGCAACCCUGGCAGUGGCUGUGUUGUUCGCGAAUCGACAGAAGAUCUCGCUCGUGUUUUUCAUCAAAAUACAGCAAUUUGCGAGCACAUAAAACCAGUUUCACCGCCGAAUAAUAGUCCGCGAGGAUCCAUAGAGUGGCGGACGCGUGUUGAUGCGGCAUUUUAGCCGGUGAUUGUGAGGAGAAGUGAAUGGUGAAAAUGAGCCUGGAAAAAUCUGCAAAAUAACCUCUGAGCGAAGCGCGAUCCAGAGCACUUUGAGCGCGAGCCAGGAGAGCGUCCGCGUGGCCAGACGGCAGUUGGCUCGGGGCGACGCGGGCUGGUGGUUGUGCGUGGAAAAGUGGCCAGAUUUCCCGGGCUGGAACCGAUGGAAAGUCAACAGAAAGCAUUCUGUCGCCGAUGAAGAGGUAAAAGCGCUCGAGACUGCGGCAAACAGGCGAGAGAAUUAUGGAUGAAUCAACGCGGAUUCGCCAGCGUCCUGGACGCUCGUUCGCGCCGGAAGUGCCGCAGAAGCAGAAUCGCCGCGAUGGUGGGAAGAGUAAGCAGAGCGAUCAGCAGUUCGCGCGGCUGCCCAAUACGUUCCUGUACGCCGUGGUGGCGCUCAUGUUCACCACCUUCCUCAUUGUCACGGUGCUGGAGCGGCGUCUGCCGCGCGGGCUGCGUGUGGAGGACGAGGCGCAGCAUCCGGACACGUUCAUCGCCGAGCGCGCGAUGGGUAGCCUCAUGCGGCUCACGGACAUCGGGCCACGCGUGGCCGGCAGCUAUGAGAACGAGGUGCUGGCCGUGAAGGUGCUGCGGAAAGACGUGGACGCGAUUGUGGCGGAGUUUGGCGCGGGAUUCAAGGUGGAAGUGGAUGUGCAGAAGGUCAGCGGCGCCUUUCCGCUGGCUUUCUUCGACGGUAUGACAAAUGUGUACAAUGAUGUGCAGAAUCUGAUUGUGAAGGUCAAUGCGCAAGUGAAGUCUCCGCACACAUUGAUGCUCAAUUGCCACUUUGACUCGGUUCCGGACAGUCCAGGUGCUUCGGAUGACGGCGCGGCGUGCGCGGUGCUGCUGGAGAUCAUGCGGGUGGUGCUGAAGACGAAGCUCAAGCUGAACUACAAUCUGGUGUUCCUGUUCAAUGGCGCCGAGGAGAACAUCAUGCAGGCGUCGCACGGCUUCAUCACGCAGCACAAGUGGGCGAAGGACGUGAAGGCGUUCAUCAACCUGGAGGCGUGCGGUGCCGGCGGCCGCGAGCUGCUCUUCCAGGUGGGCCCGAAGAAUCCCUGGCUGCUCGAGGUGUACUCGCAGGUUGUGCCGUAUCCAUACGCGUCCACGCUGGCGCAGGAGAUCUUCCAGUCCGGCGUGAUUCCCGGCGACACGGACUUCCGCGUGUUCAGGGACUUUGGACACAUAUCAGGCGUGGAUUUCGCGUGGAGUAGCAAUGGAUAUGUCUACCACACAAAAUACGAUUCCGUGGAGCAAAUUCCGCUGGGAUCGCUGCAGCGGACUGGCGACAAUAUCCUCGCUCUGCUGCGAGGACUCAAUGAGAUCACGGAUCAGCGCAAGAUCAGCGACACCAGCACCAAUGAUCUCAUCUUCUUCGACAUGCUGGGCGCUUUUAUGGUGCGCUGGCGAGAGAAUCUCACCGCUCUCAUCAGCGUCCUGGCCGCUUGCCUGUCCGCCUUCGCGGUGUACAGGAACAUGAAAUCUGCGAAGCGCCUCGGCACGGACAACACUGUCUACUACGCGGCAAUGAUGAAGGCCAUCGCCAUCCAGAUCCUGGGAUGGAUUCUCUCGCUGGCGUGUUGUCUUGUGAUCGCGCUGUCGCUGACAAUCCUCGGUCGCACGAUGUCCUGGUACGCUCGUCCGAUCUGGAUUUACUUCCUUUACGUGCUUCCAACUCUCAGUGUCUCCAUGGCGGUGGUGCAUCACUUUGGGGUGAGACAACUGAAGAAGACCAUUCCCAACAUUUGGACGCUGUUCCAAGUGUACUACGAUGCCAUCCAGAUCCUCUGGACGCUGCUCCUACUAAUGACAUACACUCUGGGCAUCAGGUCGGGCUUCAUCGCCCUGCUGUGGGUGGUGUUCUCGUCCGUGCAGAGUCUCAUAUCGAAUCGCGCUUUUCCCGAUGCUCGCAAGAAGAGCAUCAAGUGGCUCCUUCUCUAUGUCCUGCUCCUCGGCAUCCCGUUCGUGCAGUCCUUCUACCUGGACUUGGGCGCCAUUGGGAUGUUCGUGCCGACAAUGGGACGUACUGGAAGUGCCUUCAAUUCCGAGAUAAUAAUCGCCACGAUGAUUUGUGCAAUGUUUGGAAUGUUGUUCAGUUUCGUUUGUCAAUUAGUACUUGUUGCGCAAUUCCCGCACAUCCUCCAGCGAAUUCCUGCCAGCUUUACAUUCCUGGCUCUGGCCGUGCUCCUGCUCACUGAUCUCGGAUUCCCGUAUUCUGGCGACGUGACUUCGCUGGCGCCGCAGCGAUUUAUCAUAUCGAACAUCGACAGGAAGUUCUAUGAUGAGAAGAGGCAACUCAGUGCUCAGGACGCGGGCUUCUGGAUCAUCGACAUGGACAUCAACACGCCCGAGAGCGUCGAGAUGGCGGUGAGUGAGAUGAAGAGAGCCAAAUUGGUGGAUUGCUCGCGUGGCAUUUAUUGCGCCAUGCCUUAUCCAUUGCCUGUGAUGAAUUUCAUCUUCAAAACGCACUACAUCGAGACGGCGCCCUUCGAGGUGGCCAUUGAGACUGACUUGCGCCUCGUGAGCAAGACGCGCCUCUCGCCGGACACCGUGCGCCUCAACUUCACGUGCCACGGGCCGGAUCACAUGAAUCUGAUGUUCGCCGGCAUGCCGGGAUUCGAGCUGCAGGCGUGGAGUCUGGAUCCGGAGAAGCCGCUGGCAUCGGCGCAUCAGUAUCUGGGGCGGAACAUGUACUUCGUCUACUACUCUUACAGCAGUCUGGAGCCCAAAGUGUGGAACUUCCAUCUAGAUUUUAAGGUUCCUCCAAAGUUCAACAUAGAGAAGGACACAGUGCUGGACAUCACAGCGAGCGGCCACAUGAUCCACGGGAGGAACAAGACAACGCCACAACUCACGGACUUCAUGAGCCGCUUCCCGAGCUGGACAACAGCCACUUUCUGGACGAGUGCUCUCAGAUCAUACAAAUACUAGUUCUCCAAUCUCAUCUUCAUCCCGCUCUUCGCCUGGUGUCAACACUUUCUUCAGCCGCAUAUUCUUUACAAGGUGAUCGUGCGUAGGUAAUUCCUGUAGAUAGCUUGAAACAAUGGUACUACAAAGUAAUAUCAAAUAUUGAGACAAAGAAUUCAAAGAAUUGAUAAAUUGUAUCAAAGUGAUUUUAGAGUUGUUGAAUAAAUUUUAAGUGAGGCAAAA